UUCUUGCAUGCAUAAGGCGGUCCGUGUGAACAGAGAAGCAAAGGACGAGGAAUGGUCCAUGUCGAGAAAGAAGAUAUGAACGCGAACGCUAGAAGGUAUCGUGGUGGGAGUUGAUUCUGAAGUCAAGCCCCGAACUUCACGACGGACCAAACACAGUGCUGCUCUCAAUUUCAACUUUCCUGACUGCGACCUCACCAUUUUUUUAACUAAGUCUCCUUGAAUGUACUUGCAAGGGUGCUUUAGGAGAAGAAAAAAAAGGGGAAAGACCUUCGCUUUGCUCGACUACUCAGGACCCAGCAUUAUAGUUUAAUGGUCCAUCUUCUUCCCGAGUUCUCACACGCACCUCAUACUCCUGACGACUGAACCACGAUUGUGCCGUCCAUUGCAGUUCUUGUAGGCCACAUCAGAGCUUAGGUUUCCAGGAAAUCCGCUGUCAUCUCGGUCGACUCGGAUAAGCUCACCCGGUCUCUGCGUAUUUUUCCACGACAACGCACGCGCCCCGCCCACGCCCCCGAUGAACUUCAACACCAGAAUCGAGGACGUCGGAGUGGCAGUUCUGCAAGAACUAUGGAACAGGGUGACUCUACAAGCCAUGGAGCUUGCGGACGAAACACGGGACAUGGUACUUGCGAAGGACGGCUUUCAGGAGUUCUCCAGAAGCAUAUCGCAACUGACCGGCGUCCUCCAUGCCAUGGAUGCCAGGAAGGUCGAAGCCCAGCUCGGCUCAGAGUUCACAAAAACCAAACUGCAGAAAUUGAACUCCCAGCUACAUCUUGCAUGUGAUGUCAUCGAAGACUGCAGAUCCGGCAGCCGCCUCCGCCUCAUACUCCGUUCGAGCAGAGUCCUUGCUCAGAUGCAGGAAUUGGCCAAAGAGAUCGCUGAAACCAUCUCUUCAUUUCAGUUGGUCAAUCUCAACAUCGGCUUGAAUGUAAAGACAAUGAUCGCCAACAUCAUCGACAACCUGGGGUCCGUGGAGUUCCAGUCUUCAACUAAAAUAGAGAGAAUUUCUUCAGAGAUAGAGAACUUGAUAAAGCAGGAUGGAAGGAACCACGAGAAUGCCGUGAAGCUCUUGGAGCAAAUCGCAGAAGCUGUUGGAGCUAGCGAGAAUACAUCCUUAGUGCAGCAGGAGUUGGCAAUUCUGAAGCAAGAGAAGGAAGAAAUGGAGGCUCAAAAGAAACAAGCCGAGGCACUUCAGCUGUCACAGCUAAUACAGCUUCUCUGUAGCACAGAAAUCGUGACAAGGCCUGUAGAUGAUAAUACCAACACACGUCGCCAGUAUUACCUGAUCGACUCAUUUCUAUGCCCACUCUCCCAUGAACUUAUGACAGAGCCCGUCGCAAUCUUAUGUGGCCAUAGCUUUGAGAAGAAGGCCAUUCAAGAGCACUUUGAAAGAGGAGAGACAGUCUGCCCCACCUGCAAAGAGGAGCUUCCCUCUCUGGACAUAACACCAAACCUCUCUCUUCGAGGAUCCAUACAAGAAUGGAAGCAAAGGGACAUGGACUUAAAAUUCCAAGCGGCAAUACAGGGGAUCAAUUCCGACGAGGAGUCUACACAAAAUGGUGCUUUACAAGAGUUGAAGUCUCUACUGAAAACGCCUCUCUAUGCUGCCAAAUUUUCAGAAGAAAACCCCAUUCCGAAGUUGGUCGGCUUUCUGAAAAACAAAAGGUUAAAUACUGCGGCUACGCUUGAAUGUCUCGGCUGCCUAGCCAGACAUUCAGAAGACUGCAAGUUGCAGGAAUCCAUUGUUAAAGCGGGGGCAAUUCAUCUCGUUGUGAAACAUCUCUAUAAAGGUGAAGUGGCACACGAUGCUAUUGCAGUCUUGUUGGAGCUGUCCUCGAGAGAGGCAAUUGCAGAGGAAAUCGGAAACGCCAAAAACAGCAUUCCUCUAUUAGUUUCCAUGCUUCACUACAGGGAGAGAAACGUGUCGAAGAAAGCUCACAAGGUGCUGCAAAAUCUGUCCUUUAACACCCACUUUGUUGUCAAAAUGGCGGAAAGUGGAUACUUCGGACCAUUUGUUUCUCGCUUCAAUGAAGGAUCGCAAGAGACCAGAGCACUGAUGGCUGCGGCUUUAGUACAGAUGCAACUCAAGGAGACUAGCGUCAUCGAUUUGAAAAAUGAUUCAUUUAUACAUAGUCUGGUCGAAAUGCUCUCUUCAAGCUCCCCGGCAUACAAAUCAGCUUGUCUCCAGGCCAUCAAAAAACUUGUGGCACACUCUGCUAUUGCUAAGCAGCUCCUGGCGGACCCCAUGACUAUUCCACUCUUGCUCGGCCUCAUAUCAUAUGUAAUGUCUGAUCCAUACUUGAAGGAAGAAGCUGUAGAGGUUCUCGCCUUGCUGGUCGGGGCCACUGAGGCUUGUGACUUCCACAUAUUUCAAGGUUUGAAGGAGCUCCAGUCUGAGCACAGCAUCAGUUUAUUCUUACACCUCAUAUCAACUUCUGAGACUCAAGCUAGAAUAAAGUUCUUACAGUUGCUGGUGGAGCUCAGCCAUAAAUCUGAGCAAGCUAGAGAACUAAUCCGAUUGGAUGAUGAUGCAAUUGCCCAUCUCUACUCUUGCCUUGAAAACGGUCAGCCUGCAGUAAGAAGAUGGACAAUGGAACUUGUAUACAGUAUCUCUAACGGUCACCUUGGUGGAGUCCCGCUUCCUCCAACGCCCAGAAAAGAAGCUGUCAUUCACAAAAUAGCAUCCACUCUUACCCAUUCACCAGAUCCAGAAGAAAGGUCUGUUGCUGCUGGAAUCAUUGGCCAACUCCCGAAAGAUGAUACCACCAUUGAUGAUCUAUUACUUAAAUCAGAUGUGUUAAAAGCCAUUCAUGAGAUCAUAUGUGGGGUAGACAUGGAAAGCAAUCAAGCUCGAACUGUGCCAAAUUCGGGAGAACUUCUGUUGGAGAAUGCGCUAGCAGCACUACUACACUACACAGAACCAUCCAAAAUCGAUCUACAGAAGCAAGUAGGAAAACUCGAACUGCAUCCAUCACUAAUCCGUGUGCUGUCCAGUCGGAGCUCUUUAGCCAAGCAACGCGCGGCAAUUGCACUAGCCCAUUUAUCCCAGUCUACCAGCUUGUCAUUUUCUCGUGCAACGGUUAUCCCUACAGCAGACAGAAAGGCAGCACCACUCGGCCAAUUACUGAAUCUCUUCCCCAACUUCUCCUGGUGUUGUUCAACCUCAUCAGAAAUUGGAAGCAUGUGUUCUGUUCAUGGUACUGCUUGCUCGUCGAAGGACACUUUCUGCCUUGUCAAGACAGAUGCAAUGAUGCCACUCAUGAAAUCAUUGAAGGGGACAGAUAGUGGCGUGCAAGAGGCUGCUUUGAUGGCACUUGAAACAUUGCUGACAGACGAUAGAACACUAUCUCAAGCAACUGCCACCAUUGUUGACUACCAAGGCAUAGACGCCAUUUUACAUGUCCUGGAGAAAGGGUCCCACUCGGCAAAACCAAAAGCUCUGGACCUUUUUGAGAAAAUCUUGAGUCACACAAAUCUUACCAAUCCUUUGGAUCCAUCAUUCCGAAGGGUUGAGGGAGUUCUUAUCCAACUUCUCCAUGAGGAUGGACAUAAGAAGAAAGCAGCUUUGGUGCUUAAGCAGAUGAAGGUCAUUCCGGAGCAAUCUUCUUACUUCUGAUUUGGUUUCUUGAGGUGUAGAUCAGACUUAUGGACCUAACAUGCUUGCGAGUGUAAAACACCACCAGGAAGGGAUGCCAAUGGCAAGUCCAAAUUGUGAAAUAACUGUGGAGGAACAACAUGCAAAAUAGAUCCCUUACGGGACAAGCUAGGUAAGCUUUGAAAACAUCGCCUUCCACCUAAUUGCCACAAAGCCCCAGAGAAAAAUACAAAAGCAUGGAGUAUCUCGGAAAACCUUUGAGAAUGCCACAAAGAUGUAGAAGUCAUUUUUUCAUGUACUUACAUUUACCAUUCAUCUGUGCAUAAUUCAUUCAGUUCUGACAAGUUGAAAUGAUCUUGUAUGAAUACACCACUUGCUUCCC